UUGCAAUAUACAGAAAGAAUCCACACUACAUCUGGUGCUGAGGCUACGACGAGGUAUGCAAAUUUUUGUGAAGACCCUGACUGGUAAAACAAUCACUUUGGAAGUGGAGGCAUCAGUCACAAUUGAAAAUGUAAAGGCAAAAAUUCAAGACAAGGAAGGCAUCCCAUCAGACCAGCAGCGUCUGAUCUUUGCUGGUAAGCAGCUGGAAGCUGGGCGUACCCUGUCUGAUUACAACAUUCAGAUGGAAUCGACUCUGCAUCUGGUCCUUAGGUUGCGUGGUGGCAUGCAGAUUUUUGUUAAAACCCUGGCGGGCAAAACCAUUACAUUGGAAGUGGAAGCAUCGGACACCAGUGAGAAUAUGAAAGCGAAGAUCCAGGAUAGGGAAGGCAUUCCACCAGACCAACAGAGAUUGAUCUUUGCAGGAAAGCAGCUGGAAGAUGGUCGCACAUUAUCUGAUUACAACAAACAGUCUCUCACUUGCCCAAAGUACAUCACUCUGUGA